AUGGAGGCUCCACCGGUAACUGUGAUGCCUGUGACCGGGGGCACGAUCAACAUGAUGGAGUAUCUAUUACAAGGUAGUGUGUUGGACCAGGCCUUGGAAAGCCUCCUGCAUCGCCUCAGAGGUUUGUGUGACAACAUGGAGCCUGAGACUUUCACAGAUCAUGAACUUGUUUAUCUUCUGAAAGGCCAACAAGGCAACCCUUUCAUUCUCCGUGCUCGUCGCAGUCUGUCCCACCCCACCGCCCCCUGGCACCUCCGUUACCUGGGGCAGCCUGAAGUGGGAGAUAAGAGUCGCCACGCUCUGGUCCGCAACUGUGUGGACGUGGCGACUUCGCACACUCUUCCCGAGUUUCUUAACGAGAUGGGCUUCCGCAUGGAUCAUGAGUUUGUAGCCAAUGGUCACAUAUUUCGAAAAGGUGCAAUGAAAGUGGUUGUGACCAAGCUGUCUCGUAUCCUGGUACCUGGGAACACUGAGAAUAUCGAGCGCCUCUCAUUGUCAUAUUUGGUGGAACUGAGUGUUCUAGCUCCAGCUGGGCAAGACACUGUGUCUGAGGAUAUGCGCAGUUUUGCCGAACAACUCAAACCCCUGGUUCACCUCGAGAAAAUCGAUCCAAGCAAACAGAGACACUGA